AUGGCAUCCUCCUUGACAAGGUCGGCUUUCUCCAAGCUCUGUAAACAUAUACCGCGCUCUGUGGCAUGUACAACCCAACAGUGUCAGAGCAGAGAUUUUCAAAGCUCCACACCAACCCACCAGGCCCUGUCUGUCUCAGAGCCUGUUUCACAUCCUGAUGGGAAACAAAAGGUAACCCUGGUUCCAGGGGAUGGGGUAGGACCACACCUCAUGGGCAGUGUCCGUGAUGUAUUCCAGGCAGCUGGAGCUCCUGUAGAGUUUGAAGAAUAUUUCAUUAGUGAGGUGCAGCCGUCCCAAAGUGCCAGCAUCAGCACAGUGGUGGAUUCAUUCAAGCGUAAUGGAGUCGGGCUCAAGGGAAUCAUUACAACACCAUCCAACUUCAAAGGGGGUGUGCUCCAGACCCUCAAUAUGAAGAUUAGGGCAGAGUUGGAUCUUUUUGCUAAUGUUGUUGUCAUCAAAAGUUUACCCGGUUUCAAAACCCGUCACAAGAAUCUUGACUUUGUCAUCAUUCGUGAACAAACAGAAGGAGAAUAUAGUGCACUAGAGCAUGAGAGCGUCACUGGAGUGGUAGAGUGUUUAAAAGUUGUAACAAGGAUGAAGUCUAAACGGAUUGCUAAGUUUGCUUUUGAUUAUGCUACUCGGAAUAACAGACAAAAGGUGACAGCUGUACACAAAGCCAACAUCAUGAAGCUGGGUGAUGGCCUGUUCCUGAAGUGUUGUGAGGAAGUAGCACAAUACUACCCUAAGAUAAAGUUUGAGACCAUGAUCAUCGACAACUGCUGCAUGCAGCUUGUAUCCAACCCUCAUCAGUUUGAUGUGAUGGUGAUGCCUAAUCUCUACGGUAACAUUGUUGAUAACUUAGCUGCAGGACUUGUGGGAGGCGCUGGAAUUGUCCCCGGAGAGUGCUUCAGUAAUGAUGUUGCCAUCUUUGAGCAGGGGGCACGUCAUGCCUAUGCAGAGGCCGUUGGUAAGAACAUUGCCAACCCUACAGCUGUGUUACUGAGUGGCUGUAACAUGCUGAAACACAUGCACUUGGAGUACCACGCAAAGAUUAUACAAGAUGCUAUCACAAGGGUGAUCAAAGCUGGCAAGAUUAGAACAAAAGACAUGGGCGGCUACUCGUCUACCAGUGACUUCACACAUGCUGUCAUCGACCAUCUCCAGAUGUAGGCCAACAAAUUAGGUCAAGGACGUUUAUUAUAGGUCAAGGUUGAUCUACCUCUCAAGAUCUGGAUACAGUUUUAGUAUCAGUAUUUGUUAUCAUUGGAGUUGUUCAGAAAGGAACGACUGGCUAGGCCAGUAAACUGCAGAUAACAUUGUUGUUGUAUGUUUACAAUAGCACCCAAUAAAGUUGUUUAUUCUGUAAAUCCUAAAUUUUAUUAAGGAAAUAUUUAUUCUUUGUUAAGUUGUUUUCUGUAAUAUUAUAUUUUGGCAGUAAUGUGCUUAUGUGAUAAUAACUCCUUUUAAGCUGUGUUUAAAGAGUAACAAUGGACCAGGUGAUUUCCUGGAGAUGUUGUUACAUACCCGGUAAGCUAUACUUAUACCUGUGUGUUUAUGUGUUUUACACUAAAGGGAUUACCAUUAAUGAAUUUUGCCAAGAGAGAUGACCAUUAAUGAAUUUUACCUUGAGGGAUGACCAUUAAUAAAUUUCACUUCGAGAGAUGACCAUUUAUGAAUUUCACUUUGAGGGGUGACCAUUAACAAGUCUUACCAUAGGGGAUGACCAUUAACAAGUCUUACCUUAGGGGAUGACCAUUAACAAGUUUUACCUGAGGGGAUGACCAUU